ACUAGCUAGUUAGCGUGAACAUACUGGCGGUAUAUCUUCAAAUGGUGAUACAAAUAUUACACUGACAUUUUUUCUUCUUCUGUAGGCCACUAUAACAUAACUUGCAAUAUCAUAACACGUGGAUCAUCAGGAUAUGGCUUUCCUCCCUUCCCCAGCCCCACCCAGCCCUCAGUACUUAUGGGGGAGGACCCUCCUCCGUACUCCCCCCUCACCUCCCCAGAGAGUGGCAGCGCACCAGGCAUCAGCUGUAGAGUGUGUCAGAGCCUCAUCAGCGUGGAGGGGAAGAUCCACCAGCAUGUGGUCAAGUGUGGGGUCUGCAACGAGGCUACGCCCAUCAAGAAUGCGCCAGCAGGGAAGAAGUAUGUCCGCUGCCCCUGUAACUGUCUGCUCAUCUGCAAAGUUACCUCCCAAAGGAUCGCCUGUCCCCGGCCCUACUGGUAAGGGGGAGGGAAGAGGGUUGAGUGAGAAGGAGUGUGUGAAAGAGAGACUGGAUGCAUCCCAAUUGGCACCAUAUUUACUAUUUAGUGCACUACUUUUGACCAGAUGGGCCCUGGUUAUAGUGCACUAUAUAGGGAAUUAAGUAAUAGACUAUAGGGAAAUAGGCUGCCAUUUGGGAUGUAGCCACAUAAUCAAAGACGGAGGGAGACGGACAAAAACGGUUAUAUGAAAAAUGAUUCCCUCCCUUCAUAAAACAUUACAUGGCAGCAGCAGAUGCUACUUCAGUCAAGGCAACAGUGUCUCAGGGCAUA